UCUUCAGAAUCUUUUUCCUUCCUCAAUAGGAUCAGAGAGUUUCACCUGGGCUUCUUAAAUCUAGGUCAUUAAAAUGACAAAGUUUUCUUCUUUUUCUCUGUUUCUUCUGAUAGCUGGGGCUUAUAUGAUUCCAGUGUGUUUCAAUAUGAAAAUUAUUGGAGGGAGAGAAGUGUCACCUCAUUCCAGGCCAUUUAUGGCCUCCAUCCAGUAUGGUGGACAUCACAUUUGCGGAGGAGUUCUGAUCGACCCACAGUGGGUGCUGACAGCAGCCCACUGCCACCCUCAGGUUGUCAAAGCCCAGUCUCCCACAGUGGUUUUAGGAGCACACUCUCUCUCAAAGAAUGAGGCCUCUAAACAAAUAUUGAAGAUUAAAAAAUUCAUACCAUUCUCGAAAUUUACAUCAGACCCUCAGUCGAAUGAUAUCAUGCUUGUUGAGCUUCAUACGGCCGCAAAACUCAACAAGCACGUCCAGGUACUGCACCCCAGAUCCAAAAACUAUCUUAGAUCUGGAGCCAGAUGCCAGGUUACUGGCUGGGGAACCACCAGCCCAGAUUUUUUAAGCCCUUCUGACACCCUGCAAGAAGUCACUGUUACUGUCUUAAGUCGAAAACUGUGCAACAGCAAAAGUUAUUACAACCACAACCCUCUUAUCACCAAAAACAUGGUAUGUGCAGGAGACGCGAGAGGCCAGAAAGAUUCCUGCAAGGGUGACUCAGGGGGGCCCUUGGUCUGUAAUGGUGUCUUCCAUGCCAUAGUCUCUGGAGGUCAUGAAUGUGGUAUUGCCAAGAAGCCUGGAAUCUACACCCUAUUAACCAAGAAAUACCAGAUUUGGAUCAGAAGCCAACUUACCCCAUCUCAUACAAAUUAAGAUUGUGCAUGAUUUUCUUGGAUUUAUCAAUUACUUGCUUCUUCUUUCCUAAUAUGCUC